AAGUUAUUAAGUACGUUGACCACAAUUAAGAUAUGGAAAAGAAGGUAAAAAUUACUGUUGUCAUGUUGAAUUCCUAUUUCUUGUAAUUCUAUCUCUUUAUAAAGAAUUCUUUGAGAAUGAAAUGAAGACAUCUCUAUAUGUAUGUCAAUUUGUAGCGAAUUAGGUGAACAAAUAUAGUUGUGUUUUUCCUUCUUAUCCUUUAUCUUAUGAUCACUCUAAUUUUGGUUUAUGCUAGUUUUACUCACACAUCAAAGUAUUGGCGUCGGUUUUGAUCACAACGCAACCACUGUAUUCUUCCUUUCCAACCGUAUAUAAACAAGUUAUCAUGUCCAAUUGAACAAAGUACAAUUAAGUACAACGUUUGAUUGAUGCAAAUUAUUAAGAAUUUAUCAAAUCUCAUCUCAGAAACAUGUCGUGGUGGAGUGGUUUCUUUGAGCUGAAGCCUUUGUUUCACUUGUUACUUCCACUAAGCAUUCAUUGGAUUGCUGAAGCAAUGACAGUUUCUGUUCUUGUUGAUGUUACAACCACUGCUUUAUGCCCUCAACAAUCAUCUUGCUCCAAAGCUAUUUACAUCAAUGGCCUUCAACAAACAAUUACUGGAAUUUUCAAGAUGGCGGUGCUUCCCCUUUUGGGUCAGCUUUCAGAUGAACACGGUCGCAAACCUUUACUCCUUCUUACCAUAUCCACCAGUAUAAUACCUUUUGCUUUACUUGCUUGGAAUCAAUCUAAGGAAUUUGUAUAUGCCUACUAUGUGCUUCGCACAUUUUCGCAUAUUAUCAGUCAAGGAAGUAUCUUCUGCAUUUCUGUCGCGUAUGUGGCAGAUGUUGUUCAUGAAAGCAAAAGAGUAGCAGUAUUUAGUUGGAUCACUGGUCUCUCUUCUGCUGCACAUGUUAUUGCGAAUGUCUUUGCUCGGUUUCUUCCUCAAAACUACAUUUUUGUGGUUUCAAUAACACUAUUGACCUUUUGUCCACUUUAUAUGCAUUUCUUCCUAGUUGAAACUGUGAAACUGGAUCCAGGAAAGAACCAAGAGUUAGGCUUCUGUACUAGAGUUAUUUAUGUUCUUAGCCGAAGAUACAAAUCUAUGAGGAAUGCCGCAGAAAUAGUAAUCUUCAGUCCUACAUUAAGAGGCGUGGCUCUUGUCUCUUUCUUUUAUAAGUUGGGAAUGACCGGCAUACACAGUGUUUUGCUGUACUAUUUGAAAGCUGUUUUUGGUUUCAACAAAAAUCAGUUCUCAGAACUUCUGAUGAUGGUCGGAAUUGGUUCCAUCUUUUCUCAGAUUGUAUUGCUUCCAAUACUUAAUCCUUUGGUUGGUGAGAAAGUGAUUCUAUGCUCAGCCUUACUUGCAUCAAUAGCAUAUGCUUGGCUUUCUGGAUUAGCAUGGGCACCUUGGGUACCAUACUUAGGUGGCUCAUUUGGCAUCAUCUAUAUUCUUGAGAAACCUGCUACAUAUGGUAUUAUUUCAAAAGCAUCAAGCUCAACCAAUCAGGGGAAAGCACAAACUUUUAUUGCUGGGGCAAAUUCAAUAUCUGGUUUACUAUCACCAAUUGUUAUGAGUCCUCUGACUUCACUGUUUUUAUCUAGCGAUGCUCCCUUUGAAUGCAAAGGUUUCAGCAUUAUAUGUGCAUCUGUAUGCAUGAUAAUUUCUCUGAUUUUUGCUUGCAUGCUAAAUCCUAAUACUGGUUCAAGGGAUGAUGACUUGGAGGGCAAUCAACAAGACCCGCUUCUGAAUUAUAACUGAUUGGAUCAAUUGUACACAUGCUUGGCCAAUCAUACAAUGUAGAGAUAUAAUUAAUUUAAGGCAUCUCUUGCCUCAUACAAUGCUUGCCAUAUAUUUUCAUAGAAUUGAUAUGGAUUAAGACUUAGGAAUUACGAUGAUGAUAUAAGAAAAAUAGAAAAGUGGAACUUUUUGAUAGGCAAAUGUCAA